CUCCAACAUAACUUACAAAAAUGGGAACACCGCUAUACAUGGCCCCAUAAAUUCUACAAGGAAAGCCAUUUUCUUCGAAAUCAGACAUCUGGUCUUUGGGAGUAACAUUUUAUGAAAUCCUCUAUGGUCGAGUUCCUUGGGAAGCCAAAGAUUUUGAAUCAUAUUUUGAAAAUGUCCAAAAAUAAGUAACUCAAGUGUUUAACAUAGCCAAUAUCAUUUCCGAAUAAGCCUGUCAGAUCAAAUGGAGUUAAGGAUCUUAUAACUAGAAUGCUACAACUUGAAGAGAACGAUAGAAUAUCCUGGGAGGAAGUAUUCGAAAGCUAAAUUCUGAAAAAAUAAGAAUAGUUUAUUCAACCAGACUUCAUAAAUUUAUUUUAAGAAAAAGGUUUUAAAUAAUAAAAUAAUUAAGAUGAACUCGGCAAAUCAAUUUUAAUUAAUAAGUGCUAUCUUGACCAAUAUUUAGUGGCUCGAUAUUUAAUUUAGGAUCAUAUUGUUAUUCUUGAGAAGUAAAAGGAAGUAGCUUUAAAGGCUUUUGGUGAAGUUAAAUCCAAAUCAAUAAAUUAUGAACAAGACCCAAAUGUAAGUGUUUGUUCUGUAAACAAUAGAGUGAAAUUCUUUUACGCAAUUAACAAAGUGAGAUUAAAAGAAAAACAGCGAUGCUUAAAUAUUAUAAUUACUUUCUAUUUGAGAGAAAUGUGGCUUUUUACUUUAAUUUUGUUGCCCAACAAAUUAUUAAAUUGUAAUAAAAAUUAAAGUUGGCUAAUGAUAGUUAUUAUGGAUUACUUUUUUUUAUUGCUAAGAACUAGUUAAUCCAUUUAGAAAGAGUGAAUGAAUAAUUUACGAAAAGGGCUCAUGAAAAGUUUAACUAAGAAACAUGGGAAAGAUUUUUAUAAUCCGAAGUAUUAACAACAUCAUUUUCUAGGAAUUUAGGAAAUUAACAUAAUUAAUCUAAAAAGAUUUGAAAUAUUCGUUAGAUUUCUUUUAACAAAUUUCCAAAGCCUUAAAUAAAGCUGUAGAUAUUGAACUAUUAAAGGGAUAAAUAUCUAAUAAGACAAAAGAUUUACUUUUAGAAAUCGAAAAUUUUGAUGACAAUUCAAUUAAAGUUAAUGAAGGCUUUUAUCAUUUAUAUCACGAAAUUAUUGGAGAUAAUAUUAAAUAAAUCAUUAAUCUUAAAAGUUAAGAAAUAGAUAUCAAUUUACUCAUAUUAUAUCUUUCAAUUUGCUUAAAUCCUUAUGAAGAAUUCAAAGAGAUUAAUUUUGAUUUCGACCUAUUUUAUGAAUAAACAGAGUAACACAAACUUAAUGAUAUUUAUGGAAAAUUAUUGUAAAAGGGGGUUAAAUUAGUAAAUGUAAUAUGA